UGAUUAAGCAAAAUUUACAUAAGGUGCAGCGUAGAAAGAAAGAGCAGGUUUGAGUGGGAAAUCAAAAAUCAAUGGCUGCCGCUAUCAGUUCGUUCAGUCUUCUCAGGAAUUUUGCAAAUACUAAAACAGCAUUCUCCAAUGGCAGCAAAAUAUUUGUUCUUCCGAUGAAGUCUCGCAGAUCUCUGUUUUGUACGAAUGCGGUAAAUGAUGAAGAGGCGUCUGCCAGAGCAGCUGCAGCUAGUGCUGAAAGUGGAGCCCCGACCAUUUUUGACAAGAUCAUAGCAAAGGAAAUUCCUUCAUCCAUUGUAUAUGAGGAUGAGAAGGUUCUUGCUUUUAGAGAUGUCAAUCCUCAAGCUCCUGUUCAUGUUUUAGUCAUUCCAAAGUUCAGGGAUGGAUUGACGCAGCUGGGGAAGGCCGAAGCGAGGCACGGGGAGAUACUAGGAGAACUCAUGUAUGCUGCCAAAAUAGUGGCCGAAAAAGAGGGCAUCGUGGACGGGUUUCGGGUGGUAAUCAACAGUGGAGCUAGUGCUUGCCAAUCUGUAUAUCAUCUGCACUUGCACGUCUUAGGUGGCCGACAAAUGAAAUGGCCACCUGGUUAACCAACUCCUUCAUAUAACCAAAUAACAGAUGAUCAUGAGUUCCACUUUUAAUCUUAGUUUUAUGAAAUGUGCUUCUCUUUUUUCAUGUGAGAUCAUAAUUCUGCUCUUGCCAAUGAUAUAGCUUGUAAUGCAAAUUCACAUCCUGAAUUUAACACAUUCCGCAGUUUGCGAUAGCUAAAACAAAAUAUGAAUUUCUAUUUAUUAAA